CUCUCUCACCCUCGAUCAGUCAUCAGCCCUCUUUCCGUUCCUUCACCUGAAACACGCCCCUCCCCAACUCUUCUUUGUCUCUCGACAACUACUCUCUGUAUCUAUCCCUUUCUCACUCUUUACAUGCAACCAUCACGAUGGGCCUCUGUUUCUCUCGCAAAGCUGUGAAGAAGAAGAAGCCCUCCAAGCGCAUAUCCAACCAGUCAUCAGUUUCUGCUGCUGGUGGUUCGAGCAAUCGGUGGACUCGAAUUCGAUCGUCGAGGAAGGAGAAAUUCGACGACUCUACAAUUCACCAGCAGGCUCUCGCGGCGGCGAUUCUGUUUCAGCAACACCAGCACCAGUUGCAGAACGGCGGUGGCGGCUCUGUGACGUUUGAUCGUUCGACUUCUUUGCGUUACCCGACCGCCAACUCUAAGAAGCAGCAGGCGUUGCCUCGGAGUUCGAGUUCUAGGGCUCGGUCGCUCACUGAUCCUCUGCUUCAGCCUCACCAGCUUGUCAAUCAGGAAGUAAAGCAUGACGAGCUAGAGACCAACCAUUUCGUCCUUGUCCAUGGAGGUGGUUUUGGUGCUUGGUGUUGGUACAAAACUAUAGCACUUUUAGAAGAAGGUGGAUUCAGAGUAACUGCCAUAGAUUUAACUGGUUCUGGAAUUCAUUCAUUUGAUACAAACAGCAUCAAUGUCAAAGCAUCCAGUGAUCUGAGGAACACCCCUGGGGGCAGGAGGAAUGCCAGACAUCUCUCUCUCUCUUUGAGGGGCCACCCAGUCAAAAGGCUUCCUCCUUUAUUUUAUUCAUCACCAUAUGCUCCACUCACCAACUUUUUUUUUUACUUUUCUUCUUUUAUUUCUUUAUUUUUUUCUUUACAUCACUUGACACCCCACUCGUUGUCAGACCAUGCCACCAACUUAACAAAGAAAUCAUUCAAAGCAAUCCCAGCCUUGGAAUCAAAGAUGCUCGACCUGCUGUCGCCCACAAAGUCAGUGGAUACCACUAAAAUAUCUUAUCCUCGCCUUUAUUGAUUCCACUAUUUCCCCCACUUCAUUUUAUUUAUUAUUAUUCUUAUUAUUAUUUUAUUAAAAAAAAAAAAAAAAAAAAUCAUUUCAGUUUAAUUUUUCUGCUCCGUCUUGUCCCUUCACGCCAUUCGGAUUUGCACAAUACACUCAUGUUAUUCAUAUCGGGAUCAAUCCCGAUCCACAUUUUACAAAAAAAAAAAAAAAAA